AUGGCGGCAUCGCGGAUAGAAGGUCGYUUAUGGCUUCUUCAAGAAAGAUUGAAGCAAGAACGGCUCUUUGUAACUAAAGAAAAAGAAUGYAUAAGACUUCUGAACACAGAGGUUCAAGUAACUUGCGAAAAACUCUUUCAUGYCUCAUGGAUUGCCGGCCAGCAGUGGAGGAAUUUGCAAAGAUUACAAGCUCACCCUGCUAAAGCCAGCUAUGCAAACAAACUYCUUGAUAGUGCUGAGUUUGUAGAUGCAUAUAAAAGCCUUGGCUACUUGGAAUCAAAGUAUGGAGAUUUUCUUAAAAAGCURAGAGAAAAUCCUCAGCUGUUAGCUUCCUCGCUUGCUUUUGUCGACGAGAUCAAAAUCAAUAUCGAUACUAAACAGGUCUCUCGUCUUUUGCUAAACUCACUUUAUGGGAAUUGCCUUUUGCCUGAAGAUGAGAAUUAUGUCCUUGUACUUAUGAGAUCGUUGAUGGAAUAUCAAAUUAUUAAGAGUGAACAACCRCAAAAMUUCUUCAGAAGUCCAAGAAACUGGUCGUUCACUGUAAUUUUUGUCGUCUUGAUCGAAAGUUUAUUUUCUGCAAAGUUGUAUCUCACAGCAGCUCUACAUACWCCAAUUCUACACGUUCUAGCCAGAGAUUCUAAAAUUCAGGCACAACUCCCUUAUCUGUGUACACGAUUUGUUCAAAGCCUGCAAGAAAAAUUAUACUGUUUUCCUCCCAGCUUGAGAUGGCUGAUAUGUCAACUCUAUAAUGUCUUGAAAUCAAGUGGAACCCUMACCAUCAACGAAGUCAAAUGUAUGGUCUCUGAGCUGUUGUUCAAUUACCUUGUUUGCCCUGCUAUUAUUAACCCAGAGCCAUAUGGGAUCAAUUCAGAUAUGCAAGUUAGCAAAAUAGCUAGAAUAAAUCUACAACAGAUUAGUUCUUUGCUCUGCAAGAGAUGCACUUCGCCUUGGGAAGGCUCAGGGGGCCACAGUGWUGAUCUUUUUAAUACUGUGGACGUGAAGUGCAUUUCAUCAUUUGUUGAUUCUAUACUGGAAGGAGCUGGACACGUGASCAACUUUCCUGAACAACAAACUCUUCCUGGACUUUGUAGGACUUCAGUGUUGAUCACUGAAAAUGAGCUCAAUUCUUUGAUAUGUUAUUUAAGAAUGAUUCAUUCUUGGCAAGGUGAUGUACAAUUCCCUCAUCGCCAAGAACUGGGAGAACUUUUAAACCUAUUACCACCAGACAAAGAAAGCUCAAAUUAUUCCUYGAAACCAAUCAUUUCAGCAUCUCCGYUGGCUAGCCCAAAGGUCCAUCACAAAAAGAACCCUUUUUCCAAAACAAAAAGUAAAAACCGUUUUAAUGAAGACGAUGUAAAAGUUGAAAAGUCAGCAAUGUCUGCUUUAGCCUCAAUAACUCCUCAGGUUUCUAAAUCACAAAGGUAUCACCAAGAAUGUGUGAAAAGGCUWKGUGAACUGUAUGAGGAAAAUAAACCWGUAUUGGUGGUUCCUUUGGGUUAUUCUGUGGUGGAAUCUCCAGGAAUGCUGCCUGAAGAAAAGGUACUUGGGGUAGAAAAGAAAAAACAAAGAACCAAGAAGGCACCAGAGCGUUCUCUCUCAGACAGUGGUUCAUCCAUGAGACAAAGGUCAAACUCRCAAAGGUUUACCAAACUUUUCCACAAUUUGUCCAUUGAAAAAGAUUUAAACACAAGAGAUUCUGGGAACUCUGUCAUGGGCUCGAGUAGCAGUCACAACCAACUAGAAACAAUUGUUGGAUCUCCUCCACAACUUCACGAUGCAGAGCCACCACAGCAGCCUUCRCUUGGUGGAAUGCAAGAUGUUGAUAUUCUUUCACAUAAUCCAUUUGAGAGCCACCAACCAGAUGUUGUAGACAUUCCUUCACAGCCAGUAAAUUCAACAAAUGAUCAAAUAGAUUUGCUGUCUUUUGAUAAUGACAUCCCAGCUGUACCAUCUCUAGUACCAUUACCUCAUCAACCCAACCCUAUCAGUCUACUUGAUGCUCCCUUACUGGACUUGAACAGCCCACCAAGCUCUACUCGUGAUAGUACCAUAAGUACUGGCAGCAGUGCCCGAACUAGCACUCUAUCAAGYUUGAGCAGUGGAACAAGAGAGAGUGCUAUAGACAGCGGGUUUCAUGACAUCGAAGAACACUUCAAUACAAUCGGAGAAAAUGAUGAGUUCAGACCAAGGACUUCRGUAUUGAUCCAAGAAAGUACAGCAAAUCAGAACAUUGAUAAUGAGCAUGAUGGCUUUGCACAUAACAGGUACAGCAGCAGCAGUAGUACAAUUGUCAACGAGCAGACAACACAUCGGCAAAGUCAAAUUAGUUUUGACGACUCUACAAAGACCGGCUCGUCAAGUUCCAGUGACGAAGGCUCAGAUCAAGAGUCACAAGAAAGGUCAACUAUCAAAAAAUCAAAUUCMCUGAAAAGUGCUGGGCAUAAGAUGAAAUCAAAAACCCUUCGAUUAAAAGAGAAAAUCAAAAAGAGAAAAGGUGUAGACCGCCCUAAGUCCAUGCCUGAAGCAGAUCUUCGUCCCAGAGCGGAAAAGAGURGCUUGUUCAAGCGUAAUAAGAGAGUACGGCAAAAGCAGAGUGGCGCCAGGACAUAUCAAGAGAUUGACGAGAAUCUUGAUUACUUUGCUAUUACUCCUGAUAUUCCCAAAGAACAGGUGGUCGCUGCUGGGGAGAAAACUCCAAAAGAUAUCAUCGAYAGUCUUAUAUUCAAGUACAGUGAAAUGGCGGCCAGCAUGGCUUUAGAGGACACUCAAGAAGAUGAUAGCGAGCAGACUCCAAGUGACGAAGACGACGAAGAGGACAUCGAUGAAGAAACUAGAUUUGAUGAUACCAAACGUAAACUUCGUCUUGUACUAAAUCAGGCYGAUUUCCGUAAUCUUCCCUGGUUGGUGUCAAAGGACAGGAUUAUUARCAUCAGUCCGUCGAAGAAGAGUGCAGUUGGCGACUUAAUGACGUUCUUACAUGUUCAGCUGGCUGAAGCAAUCAACCUACAAAACCGUUCCCUUGCUGCACAGCUUCAUGAAACUAUUAGAAGUGUUAAACAGUUGUCACAGGAUAGCUGUUCAAAGAUACUGGACUCAAUAGAAAGUGAAUACCAAGCUAGAAUGCCGUACCUCGCAUAUCURACAAGAUCACGCCAGACCUUACUCACAACUGAAUCACAUCUAGAGCGAUUGAUAGAGCGAGUGCAAAAGAAUCAGAUGCUUUGUCAAAAAUGCUUUAACACAAACUGCAUCACGCUUUUCUUAGAAGUUCGCGAAGGAAGAAUAAAUUCUUUUAUCACCGACUUUAGAAGUCCUGAGAAAUGCCCAACAGUUGACGAAAAGUGCAAACUACUGGAACUGUUUCUUGACGAGCUCAGCGAUGACCUCGCAAAAGAUGAYACUUGGCUAGGAGCCACUGAGGAACAGCUUCAAGAGGGCAACAUCGCAAUUGAACGCGACAUAAUGGCACGUAUAUACAACGAUGCGUUCUAUCCCAACGGUCAAAUAGACAUGGAAAGAGAUAAGACUUUCACUGAACAUGUUAAAAGUCUUCAGAAAGUUGUCGGGAUUACUCACAAGGCAAUACGAAUCCCAAAGUUGUAUCGCAAAGAGGCUCCCUGGCCAUCAGCGCAACAAGAGCUGUCCACGAUUAAUGCUUAUAAGACGCCCAAGGACAAGCUCAAGUGUGUCCAGCGGUGUUGUUUUACAAUCAUGAACCUUCUUAACAUGGCGUGUACCACUAACGGCUGYGAACCAGCAGGCGCCGACGAGUUUGUUCCCGCGCUUGUAUGCGUACUAAUCCACUCCAAUCCACCGAGCYUACUCUCUACCAUGCAGUAUGUUAGYAAUUUUUAUGGUCAGCGGCUUUCCGGSGAAGARGCAUGGAGYUGGAUGCAGCUYUGUGCMGCCAUCGAGUACACUAAAACUAUUCGAGUAUAAAGAAACUUAGAAGAAUGACUUUAUCAUAUCUACCUUAWUCUCUUUCCCAGGGACUUUUUGAAAAGCGGGACGAGUAGUCCCAGGAACUAGGUUGAAUCACAGURCAUGUCAUUUUAUUCUCAAUCUUCACACUUGAAUAACUCGUAAUUACGGAAUCUAAAUGAAAUAGCUGAAAGUGCUCAUAUUUAAGACAGAAUGAAAACAACAACAAAACAUUCCAUCCUAAUCAAAUGUUUCCCGAUCUUUAUUUGUCAAACAUGGCGGCAUUCCUAUUCAAGAAUGGUGCAUGAACAAAACAUCAUGUACGCUCCCAAAAUGACUGGCGCAAUGAAGAGAAAGGAGAAUUUCCUUUGUUAAGUUGGGAAAAGAUUUUCCUCAGUGGCAUUUGAGAAAUGGACAUASACUCAAAGAGUGCAAAAAACYGAACUUCACAAAUAUAAAUGUGUCUGAGAUAGUUUGAAACUUAAAAUAGAAAAAUAUAUAUGAAUUUCAAUCGUUAAUCCUUAGUUACACGCUGAUAAAUGUAUUUUUUGACAAAGAGACUAGAACUAGCUUAUUUGUGUAGCAAAACUUAUCAAAUUUAUAUUAAUUAAUAGGGUACUUCGUGGUAAUCUAUAUCACUAGGCCUCACUAGUAAAAAUAUAUUAGUAAGAAUUAAAUAAUUUUAAAGAUCAAAUAAAAACUUUUMGUAAACGUU